AUGCUUCGGAUAUUUUACCUCAUCUCGAUCUGCCUGGGCCUGACAUUAUGCCAAAGCUUGUAUGGACCCUCUCAACUCGACGCCUAUUUCCGACUCCUACGAAAUAGAAAUCUUGGAGGAUUCGGUACCCUCGACAACAUUGCAAGCAGAAUUCAAAUUGCUGAGAAGCAGCAGUUCCUCUCCGGUUUGCCACCACUGCCAAUGACUCAUGAUGAAGGUACAUACAGAUUUCAUUCGGCUUGCUAUAACUUUUCUGUUCAGUCAUUCACGUUUUGACAACCGAAUCACCAACGACCACCGCAAAACCAACAGCCAGACCGACAACACCUCCGCCAGCUGUGGACCCGUUUGUUGUGAACAAUGUUCCGGAAAUUCCACCUAUUCCGGAAGAAAGGUAAUUUCGGUGUUAAAUCGUUCUGCUAGUCGAUAUUUCCUUUAGAAUUGGUGGAACCUAUGACGAAGAUGGAAACUUUGUGGCCGCCACAAACUUGGUGACAGAAAAAAAGCGUAACCUGGCGCGAGGUGCCCGUAAUUAUCAAUUAAGUGACACAGCCACCACAAGAGGCUACGCUUACGUUGCCCAAUUCCAUCAGCCAAUUCACGUCAGUUUUCUAAUCCCUAAAAGUUGAAGCUUCAAGAAAAAUGUGUUCAGCAUCCCCAGCAUCGUGCGAUCCGACAACAAACCACUCCAAAGCCAUUCACCUAUCCACCACUGGUUUUCAGGUACGUAUGGUUUUCAAGGAACUCACUUUCAUGCCGUUUCAGAGCUAAACCACAACCAUCCAACCGAGAUCAGUACCUGAACAAUUUGCUAUUGGAAAUUGAGGAAUACGACGAUUUUCUGGUAGACGUUGGUUUUCUUUCCUAGCUUAAAGUAUUAUAUUCAGGAUCAAGUGAACCAGUACAAAACGCGGUACCCCGGGGCUCAGGUCCCCAACCCAUACCAAGCUCUUCCUGAAGGAAAGCUGCCAGCUCUUGCUCAAUACAAAAAGAAAAAGUGA